UGCGUCCGUGGGAAAGGCCAGCGACCGAGCGACCAAUAUGCUGGCUGCUCCAGACACCCAAGUCCAUAGCACCACUGGCCAGAUGCAAGCCAAUGCGUCGUCAAUGCCAAUCUCUCAACUGGACGUUAGUGGUGGCCUGGUCAAGGCAACCGUGGCGACUCAAUCCGAUGAGGCAACGACGACCCCAACGUCCGUAUCGCCACACAUCACCUUGGAUUGGGACGUCACUUACAUGGCAAACCAUGCAAACGACGUCAGUCUUGGCGAUGUCUUGACUUGCCAGGAUUCUGCCCCUUCCACAACCUCAUGCGGAGCGAACAACCUGGACGUUCCGCCGUCUUCCUGCAGAUCAUCCCCGUCUGAGCCAACCAUGUGCAGGUUUGUGCCCAUGGAAACUGUUCUCGACGACACGUCUCGGAAAAUGUACUCAAUUGUGAGUUCCCAUCUCGCCCACUGCAAGAGCAGCCUUGAGAGCGACCCAUACACGACCACGCUCCAACGCAGGUUAGACCGCGCCGACCAGCGCAUUCACGAGCUUGAAGUCGACAACGGGCGCCUCAUCGAUGCCUUGGCGACCGCAGACGAUUUGAGCAAACGUAUUGCAGAAGAGAACGCGUCACUCAGGCAAACGCUGGAUGCAUCUCGACUCGAUGGACUCUUGCAUCAAGCCAACGUCCAGCACGUCGAAUCACUGCGUCAUGAGCUCACCGCCCUACAAGAGCAGCAAAACCUGCCCAUUCAUCCAUCGCAACCACCGUCACAAGAGCAUCAGAAGCAGAAUCCUGGCUCGAUGUGGCCGCCAGAGAUCCACAAUAAGCUGGCCCACGUCGACAGGUUGCUCUACCUCCUGCAGUCGGCCACGUCGUCGCCCCGUACCAAAACCUUGCCCAGUGAAUCAAGUUCGUUGCCACAGAGCGAGAAUACGCUGGCUCAUGGUCAUCCCAGUUGGCAGCAGUAUUACCCUUCGCAGUAUGACGUAGGUCAUGCCAUGGAAGCCCGCAUCCACCAGCUCUUCCAGGACAUGCACAUGGCAUCCCAGCAAGUGAUUGAGUUCCAAACGACCAUGUCGGAUCAAGCUCUAAACCAACUCCUUGACGUGGAAACGGUGCUUCGACGUGAGCUGGACACGCUCACGGCGGGCAAACCGACCCAGGUCCCUUGCAAGGCCACUGCCACCAGCCUCCCCAUCGAGCGGUUUCGAAAGUGCACCGUGCCCGACUGCCCCAAAGGCGUCCGGUCCCGCGGUUUGUGUAAAGGCCACGGCGGCGGCAAGCGGUGCGAAGUCCGCGGCUGCGUCAAGUCCAACCAGGGCGGCGGGUUCUGCAUCGCCCACGGCGGCGGCCGCCGGUGCGCCGUCGACGGCUGCAAAAGUGCCGCUCAAAUCCAAGGCACCUGCAAAGCCCAUCGUCAAACCAGUGCCGCUACACGCCAAAGCAAGAGUAGAAGUACCAGUCCAUGCCAGCAACAAGCUGGGGAUGCACGAGCAGGGCAUGACGUUCAAGCAGGGGAAUAUAGGAGACGUGUGAUGCACCACAACGACGACGGACACGCAACCUCUACAUGACAAC